AUGGCCGAGUUCGUAUCACACAACCCUACCAUUUUUGAGGAGCUAGGAAGGUACCUCAAAAGACAGGGGAAAGAAAAGGCCGAGUCCACCAAGAGGAGGCCGACGAAGUCCCCUGAGGUACCUUCAGGUGAAGACUCAGAUGAGGGGCGACUCUCUCGGAGUACCUCCAGGCGCGCCUCCUCCAAGGCGACGUCUAAACUUGCCUCCAUCUCCCGGGCGUUUUCUCGGGGACUGCUGGGGAAACGAGUAGAGAACCCACCUCGGCGCCCCGGGGGCCUAGCUUCUGACUACAUGAGGGCUCCGCCCUUUACUGAUGACAUCAAUGGGCAGAUGGUACCCCCGAACUUCAAGCUUCCAAACUUGCCCACCUAUGACGGCCGAGGUGACCCCGAGGAUCACCUCCGCGCCUUCAUCUCUGCCUUCCGACUCUACUGCGUCCCCGACGCCGUGAUAUGCCGGGCUUUCCCCAUUUUCCUACAUGGGACUGCCCGCAAGUGGUUCUGGAGGUCAGGGCGAGUCCCUUCGCUCGUAUACUCAAGGUUCAACGAGGAGAAUGUGCAGAUACCUGACCAGAACGAGCAGGUAACUAUCGCGGCCUUUACCAACGGAUUGGUGGCGGGAAUCUUCAACACUGAAAUCCAUCGGGAGUACCCCCGUACACUUCGGGAACUCUGGGACAGAGUGGACCAGGGAAUCCGAAGUGAGGAUGUAAACCGCAUGAAGCGAGAGGCCCAAGCCUCUCGUACGGGGCAAGAUCCCCGGAGGAGGAGAGACACCAGCCGAGGUGAACCCGGCCCAAGUGGCACUUCAAACCAACUCCGAGACCGCCGGAGUGUCUUUGAUCGAAUAGUGAAAGGGAGAUCGUCCACCUCGGACGCCGAGUUGACCCCGCUCAAUUCUAGUCGGUCUCACGUCUUGGCUGUAAUGAGGCAGAACCACCUCGGCCGAACACCUCCUGAGAUCCAUGGGAGGAGAGAUAAGAGGAACUCCAACCUCUACUGCGCCUACCACCGAGACGUUGGGCACGAGACUGAAGAUUGCAACGAUCUGAAGCGAGAGAUCGAAAACCUAAUCCGACAAGGAUACCUGAAGCAGUUCAUCCGCAAAGACGGAAGCUUCGGCCGAAGUGCCUCCCACCGGGAGAGCCGAGGUCCUCGUCGAGAAGACAGGCGGGACACCAAGCUUAAUUGCCGAGGUCCUGAGGACCACAAGGGGGAUCAGAGGCCUCCACGUGACGGAUCACCAGGCUACGGCCCAAACAUUGCCGGGGUGAUCAACACCAUAUCAGGUGGCCCCACGGGAGGAGACAGCCAGAACUCCCGAAAGCGAACCUACCGCCAAGCCGGCAUGGAUGUGGCCGAGCCGAGCUCGAGGCUGUCCGAGGUGAUAACUUAUGGUCCCCGUGACCCUGUCCCCGCCGCCUCCAGCAAUCACGAGACCCUAGUGAUUGAGGUCCUCACAAAUAACUACAUAGUCAAAAAGGUCUACGUUGACCCCGGAAGCUCGGUAGACGUCAUGUACUACCGAACUUUCGAGAGUUUGAAGUUGACCCGGGAGCAACUCACUCCGGUCAGAACUCCCCUUGUCGGCUUCGGGGGACACGUCGUCCACCCGGAGGGCAUGGUGAAUUUAACGGUGACUAUCGGGCGUCAUCCCCGCUGCCGAACUGUGCCUGUCAGCUUUGCGGUGGUCAAAGCGGACUCUCCUUACAACAUGCUGAUAGGCCGGCCCACGCUCAAUGCCUUGAGAGCCGUAUAUUCCACCUACCACCUGAGUUUCAAGUUUCCAACACCAGAGGGUGUGGCCGAGGUGAGCAGUGACGUGGGCGCCGCUCGAGAAUGCUACCUCGCCACCAUCCAAGCUGCAGUCGGACCUCAGCCCCCGCCGAGGUCAGAAGAAAAGAGGCCGGCUGUCCUCUCCAUAGACUGCAUCGACCCUCAGAAGGCAGGAGAGCCCAGCAGGCUUGAGCCCGGGGAUGAGGUGGAGCAAGUGGUCUUGGAUGAAGCCAAACCUGACCAACUGGUCCAAGUAGGGACCGGACUCCCCUCACCCCUGAAAGAGGAAAUGAUCUCCCUGAUCAAGGACCACCGAGACAUCUUCGCGUGGUCCGCAGAUGAAGUGGUCGGAGUGCCACCCGAGCUUAUGACUCACCAACUUAACGUUAACCCACAGGCCCGACCUGUGCGGCAGAAACGAAGGCACUUCGGCCCCGAACGCAGCAAGGCCAUAUCGGACGAGGUCGACAAGCUCUUGCCGGCCAAGAUGAUCCACGAGGUCCAAUAUCCCACCUGGCUGUCCAACCCAGUUAUGGUCAAAAAGGACACCGGUGGAUGGAGAAUUUGUGUAGACUUCACCGACCUCAACAAGGCCUGCCCCAAAGAUUGCUAUCCCCUGCCAAGGAUAGACGCCCUCGUCGACUCGGCGAUGGGGUAUGAAGUCCUCUGCUUCCUAGAUGCCUUCAAAGGGUAUCAUCAAAUAGGAAUGAGUGAAGAGGACCAAGAGAAAACGGCGUUCUACACCGACCAAGGUACUUAUUGUUAUACUACCAUACCAUUCGGGCUAAAGAACGCCGGGGCGACCUACCAGAGAUUGAUCAAUCGCCUCUUCAAAAACCAGAUCGGCCGCAAUGUGGAGGCCUACGUGGACGACAUCCUUGUCAAGAGCCAGGCCACUUCGGCCUUCCUAUCUGAUUUGAGGGAAGUCUUCGGCGUCCUGCGGGAUUCGAGGAUGAAAUUGAAUCCAAAGAAGUGCGUCUUCGGCGUCACCUCCGGAAAAUUCUUGGGGUAUUUGGUUUCCCGCCGGGGAAUUGAGGCCAAUCCCGACAAGGUCAAGGCCAUUCAAGAUAUGUCCCCACCUCGGAACGUCCGAGAAGUCCAAAGGUUAAAUGGACGCCUGGCCGCGCUGAAUCGCUUCUUGUCCCAAUCCGCCAAGAAAGCUCUGCCCUUCUUUAAGGUGCUAAAAAAGGCUGACCAGUUCGCCUGGACUGAGGAGUGUCAGGGUGCUUUCGACCAGCUGAAGCAGUACUUGCAUCACCUCCCAACUCUUGCUUCACCUCGGUCCGAGGAAAAGCUCUACCUCUACCUCUCUGUAGCCGACGAGGCUGUCAGCGCUGUGCUCAUCCGAGAUGAGGGCACUCAAGUGCCGGUCUACUACGUCAGCCGAGCUCUUCGCGGGCCGGAGACUCGAUACACUCAGGUGGAGAAACUGGUGCUGGGACUAGUCCACACCGCUCGGCGGUUGAAUCCCUACUUCUUAGCCCAUCCUAUCUCGGUCAGGACUGACCAGCCCAUUCGGCAAAUAUUGGUGCGGCCCGAAGCUUCUGGUCGCCUCACCAAGUGGGCUGUCGAAUUGGGAGAAUAUGACUUGUCCUACGAGCCACGCACCGCCAUAAAAGCUCAAGCUUUGGCUGACUUCCUUGCUGAGCUCACCUUCACGGAAGGUCCGGAGUCCACCUCGGCCUUAGCCGGGGUGUCCACCUCAUCCUUGUGGACAUUGUAUGUCGAUGGAUCCUCUAAUGGAGACGGCUGCGGAGCCGGACUGCUCCUGGAAGGACCUCAGGGGGAGGCGUGCUCGUACGCCAUCCGUUUUGACUUCCCGGCCACCAACAAUGAAGGCGAGUACGAGGCUCUAAUCGCUGGACUCCAGCUAGCCCGCAAGCUCGGCGCCCAGCAAAUCCACGUCCGCAGUGACUCCCAGCUCGUGGUACGCCAAGUUCUCGGUGAAUACGAGGCUAAGGAUGAGACCAUGCAAAGGUACCUCUCCAAAGUUCACCAACUCACCGCAUACUUCAAGUCAUUCGAAAUCCAAAGAAUCCCCCGGUCCCAGAAUAAGCGAGCCGACGCCUUAUUCCGGCUGGCCUCCACUUCAUUCUCUGACCUCAACAAAACGGUAUUAGUGGAAGUUCUGAGUGAACCCGGAUAUGUAAAAGAGGUGGCCUGCCCCGUGCACUCCGAAGAUACCUGGAUGACCCCGUUCAUCCUCUUCUUGAGUCAGGGAACACUCCCUGAAGACCGAGCCGAGGCGAGAAAAAUACAACGCAAGGCGGCUCGGUACGCUUUCCGCGAUGGAGAACUAUACAAACGCUCUUACCUCGGCCCAUGGCUGAGGUGUGUCACUCCCGAGGCCGGACGUCACGUCCUCCACGAGAUCCACGAAGGCGUAUGUGGGGCUCACGUCGGCCACCGGAUGUUAGCCAAGAAAGCUAUGCUUCUUGGGUAUUUCUGGCCAUCACUUCGGCAAGACUCCCAGGACCUCGUUCUCAGCUGUCCUUCCUGCCAAGUCCACGCACCCGAGCAUCACCAGCCCUCAAAUUUCAUGGUUCCCAUCACUUCACCUUGGCCAUUCGAGCAAUGGGGGACAGAUAUCAUAGGUCCUUUCCCUAAAGCCGUCGGGGGUUAUACCUUCCUAGUGACCGCUGUGGACUACUUCACUAAGUGGGUCGAGGCCGAGCCACUUCGGACCAUCUCGGGGCUAGCCAUCCAAAAAUUCUUUUGGAAAUGCAUUAUCUGCCGCUUCGGCAUACCUCAGGCCAAUGGUCAAGCAGAAAACUUCAACCGGACUCUCCUGCAUGGCCUCAAGACCCGACUACACCGAGCUGGGUCAUCUUGGGUGGAGGAACUCUCCAGUGUCUUGUGGUCAUAUCGGACCACGCCGAGGUCAGCGACGCAAGAGACCCCAUUCUCCCUGACCUACGGCGCCGAGGCUGUCAUCCCAGCUGAGAUCCUUACUUCCAGCCCUCGGCUGGCAGCCUAUGCCGCCGAGGUGAACGACGAAGAGAGGCAGCUGGACCUCGACCUCGUCGAAGAACGAAGGGACCUCGCCUCAGCCCGGAUAGCUUCAUACAAGAACACACUGGCACACUAUUACAAUGCCCGUGUCAGACAUCGUAGAUUCCGUCCUGAAAACUUGGUUCUCAGGAAAAAUUCAGUUAGCCGAGCUGAGCCGCAAGGGAAAUUAUGCCCGAAAUGGGAAGGCCCUUACCGAGUUGUGGAAUCUGACCCUAAGGGGUAUUGUAAACUGAGCUACCGAAAUGGCUCAUUAGUGCCGAGGUCUUGGCACGCCGAGAACCUUAGAUUGUAUUAUGCUUGA